CAGACAACAAUCGGUCAUUAUUCCACCAAGACAGGACAUAGUCACUCAGUGUCUCCGUACCGAGAAGCCCUGAAGGCGACUCAAUUGGAAAAUUGAGAAAGGACAUGUCCUUAGGCUCUCUGGUCGACAAUUUGUUCCCCGGAUCAACAACGAAAAACCAAGAGGGUCGCAGCCAGUUGGGCUUCGCUGAUGAUGGACUGGAGGGCGGGAAACAUACCUUCGCGGAUGCAAACUUUAGUGCAGGGCGAUUCAGGACAGAAGAUAUGGCACCGAAAACGAUUGAGGAGGAGGAGGGACGACCACCAUACCUACAUUCUAUGAUAGCUGGAGGAUUAGGAGGUACAACGGGGGAUCUAUUGAUGCAUUCUUUGGAUACAGUGAAGACGCGACAGCAAGGCGAUCCUCACAUGCCGCCCAAGUAUGCUUCGAUGUCUUCAACUUACGCCACCAUAUUCCGGCAAGAAGGACUACGACGUGGAUUGUACGGAGGCUGGGUGCCAGCCAUGCUUGGAUCCUUCCCCGGAACAGUCAUUUUCUUCGGAACGUAUGAGUACAGUAAGAGGCAUAUGAUCGAUUACGGCAUAACACCUCAGUUCGCCUAUCUUACAAGUGGAUUUCUUGCGGAUUUCGCUGCGUCUUUUGUCUAUGUACCCUCAGAGGUACUUAAAACCCGAUUGCAACUCCAAGGUCGAUACAACAACCCUUUCUUUCAGUCAGGAUAUAACUACAAGUCAACCGCACAUGCUGCCAGAACGAUAGUCCGCCAGGAAGGGUUCUCAGCUCUCUUCUAUGGGUACAAGGCUACCAUAUUCCGAGAUCUCCCUUUCUCAGCAUUACAAUUUACUUUUUAUGAGCAAGCUCAAACAUGGGCUAGGCAGUGGAAACAAAGUCGGGAAAUCGGGCUGCCAUUAGAGCUAUUCACAGGUGCCUCUGCUGGAGGACUGGCUGGCGUAAUUACUUGUCCACUCGACGUAGUAAAGACGAGAAUCCAAACCCAGGUCAAUGCGACCACACAACCGGCUCCGAAACAACCAUCCUCAUCGAUGCCUGUACCCGCUCAAAUAAGGGUCGGACCAACAGCAGUCAAGCAACAAAUCAGAUCGAUUUCCACUUCGUCUCCUUCAACGCAUAUGCCACGGCCGGGUUCAAUGAAUCUUGACACAUCUUCGGUCGUCACCGGCCUUAAGCUCAUUUACAAGACCGAAGGCAUAGCUGGGUGGUUCCGUGGGGUUGGACCUCGAUUCGUGUGGACGAGUGUCCAGAGUGGAUGUAUGCUUUUCUUGUAUCAAACGAUUUUACGGAAUCUAGAGGGGUUUAAUUCUUCUGAAAACCACGAGUCAGCUGUAUGAAUAAGAAGGGUUCCAGUGGGCAGGGAGGGAAUGGAGCUCCGGAGCAUUUUGUAAGCAUAUGUAACUGUAUACAAAAGCAUUGGGCGGCGUUAAGCAUAUAUCAUGCCGGAUUAGACAAUAGAUCAGAAUCUUCA